GAGCGGAGGCGAGUGGGGAGGGGAGUUCAGUCUGUGUUGCUCCCUCAGCCGACGGGUUACCAUCUCCUUCUCCAGCCGAUUUCGUUCCCAGUCGCUUCCUCGCCUCUCAGCAUGGGGUACGGCCGCUCGGACAGUUACCGUGUGGCCACCACACAGGGUGGGAAGGAUGACCAGCAGUCACCCAAGAAACCCAAGAGUCAGAAACGGGACAUGGAUGACCUGAAGAAGGAGGUGGCACUGACGGAGCACAAGAUGUCCGUGGAGGAGGUGUGUAGGAAGCACCAGGCUGACUGUGUGCAGGGUCUGACCCACGCCAAGGCAGCGGAGUUCCUACAGCGGGACGGCCCCAAUGCCCUGACCCCUCCCCCCACCACCCCCGAGUGGAUCAAGUUCUGCCGACAGCUCUUUGGGGGCUUCUCCAUCCUGCUGUGGAUCGGGGCCAUUCUCUGCUUCCUCGCCUACGGUAUCCAGGCUGCCACCGAGGACUCGCCCUCCGGAGACAAUCUGUACCUGGGCAUCGUGCUGUCUGCCGUCGUCAUCAUCACCGGCUGCUUCUCCUACUACCAGGAAGCCAAGAGCUCGAAGAUCAUGGAGUCCUUCAAAAACAUGGUGCCCCAGCAAGCCAUGGUGAUCCGUGAGGGCGAGAAGAUGCAGAUCAACGCAGAGGAGGUGGUGGCGGGCGAUCUGGUGGAGGUGAAGGGGGGAGACCGGAUCCCGGCAGAUCUCCGCAUUAUCUCCGCGCACGGCUGCAAGGUGGAUAACUCUUCGCUGACCGGGGAAUCGGAGCCCCAGACCCGCUCCCCUGAUUGCACCAACGACAACCCACUGGAGACCCGCAACAUCGCCUUCUUCUCCACCAACUGCGUCGAAGGGACUGCGCGGGGGAUUGUGAUCUUCACGGGUGACCGGACAGUGAUGGGACGAAUAGCCACGCUGGCCUCGGGCCUGGACACGGGCAAGACUCCCAUCGCCAAGGAGAUCGAGCACUUCAUCCAUAUCAUCACUGGCGUGGCUGUCUUCCUGGGCCUCUCCUUCUUCAUCCUCUCCAUCAUCCUGGGCUACUCCUGGCUGGAGGCUGUCAUCUUCCUCAUCGGCAUCAUCGUAGCCAAUGUCCCUGAGGGGCUACUGGCCACCGUCACGGUCUGCCUGACCCUAACAGCGAAGCGGAUGGCACGGAAGAACUGUCUGGUGAAGAACCUGGAGGCAGUAGAGACCCUGGGCUCCACUUCGACCAUCUGCUCAGACAAGACAGGCACGUUGACCCAGAACCGCAUGACCGUGGCCCACAUGUGGUUUGACAACCAGAUUCAUGAGGCUGACACCACUGAGGACCAGUCCGGUGCUUCCUUCGACAAAAGCUCCAUCACCUGGGCCUCCCUGUCCCGGAUUGCCGCUCUCUGUAACCGCGCCACCUUCAAACCCGGACAGGAGAACGUACCCAUCCUGAAGCGAGAAGUGGCUGGUGAUGCAUCUGAGUCAGCACUGCUGAAGUGUAUCGAGCUAUCGUCUGGCUCAGUCAGGGCCACGCGAGACAAGAACAAGAAGAUUAACGAGAUCCCCUUCAACUCCACGAAUAAAUACCAGCUCUCCAUUCACGAGACAGAAGACCCCAAUGAGAAGCGGUACCUUCUGGUGAUGAAGGGAGCGCCAGAACGGAUCUUGGACCGGUGCUCCACCAUCAUGCUUCAGGGCAAGGAACAGACACUCGAUGAGGAGAUGAAGGAGGCCUUCCAGAACGCCUACAUGGAGCUGGGCGGUCUAGGCGAAAGAGUACUCGGCUUCUGCCAUUUCUACCUCCCUGAGGAUCAAUUUCCGCGGGGAUUUGCCUUCGAUGCUGACGAUGUCAACUUCCCCACUGAGAACCUGUGCUUCAUUGGCCUAAUGUCCAUGAUUGACCCACCCCGGGCUGCCGUUCCUGAUGCUGUUGGAAAGUGCCGGAGCGCCGGAAUUAAGGUGAUCAUGGUGACAGGAGACCACCCGAUCACGGCCAAGGCUAUCGCCAAGGGAGUGGGCAUCAUCUCCGAGGGUAAUGAGACGGUGGAAGACAUCGCAGCCCGGCUCAAUAUCCCUGUCAGCCAGGUCAACCCACGAGACGCCAAGGCAUGUGUGAUCCAUGGAACUGACCUGAAGGAUCUCAGCUCGGAGCAGAUUGACGACAUCCUCCGUAACCACACUGAGAUUGUCUUCGCACGGACGUCGCCUCAGCAGAAACUCAUCAUUGUGGAGGGCUGCCAGAGACAGGGUGCGAUUGUGGCAGUGACAGGGGAUGGGGUGAAUGACUCCCCAGCCCUGAAGAAGGCUGACAUCGGCGUGGCGAUGGGGAUCGCAGGCUCUGACGUUUCCAAACAGGCCGCUGACAUGAUCCUCCUCGAUGACAACUUUGCCUCCAUCGUCACGGGAGUGGAGGAAGGACGGCUGAUCUUUGACAACCUGAAGAAAUCUAUUGCCUACACCUUGACCAGCAACAUCCCCGAGAUCACACCCUUCCUGCUGUUUAUCAUGGCCAACAUCCCUCUGCCACUGGGCACCAUCACCAUCCUGUGCAUUGACCUGGGAACCGACAUGGUACCCGCCAUCUCACUGGCCUACGAAGCGGCUGAGAGUGACAUCAUGAAGCGUCAGCCCCGAAAUCCUCGGAUGGACAAGCUGGUGAACGAGAGACUGAUCAGCAUCGCCUAUGGGCAGAUCGGAAUGAUACAGGCCCUGGGAGGUUUCUUUUCCUACUUUGUCAUCCUGGCAGAGAACGGCUUCCUCCCAAAAAACCUGGUGGGGAUUCGACUGCACUGGGACGACAGGAAUGUCAAUGACCUGGAGGACAGUUACGGACAGCAGUGGACAUACGAGCAGCGUAAGAUCGUGGAGUUUACUUGCCACACUGCCUUCUUCGUCAGCAUUGUGGUGGUGCAGUGGGCUGAUCUGCUGAUCUGUAAGACCAGGAGAAACUCCAUCUUCCAGCAGGGAAUGAAGAAUAAGAUCCUGAUCUUCGGCCUUUUCGAGGAGACAGCACUAGCGGCCUUCCUCUCCUACUGUCCUGGCAUGGACGUCGCCCUGCGGAUGUACCCCCUCAAGCCCAACUGGUGGUUCUGUGCAUUCCCAUACAGCUUCCUGAUCUUUGUGUACGACGAAAUCCGAAAACUCAUUCUCCGCAGGAACCCAGGAGGCUGGGUGGAGAGAGAGACUUACUACUGAGACCCCCGCCCACCUCUCCCUCUGCUCUGCCCUCUCCCUUUCGCCCCACUGGAGGAACAACAUCCAGAUGGGAGAGACCUCGGACUUCUUACCUUGGAACCCCCACAGCCC